AAAGAGAGGCCCAUACACCUUCACCUUCUCUCCUUGGCGAAGACUUCAAUAUCUCAUCUCAUCUCUCUCUACUUUGGUUGGAGCUUUUCUAAUGAACCAUCAAAAUCUUACGAUUUCUUCUUCAAAUCCAAUGGCGAUUACUCUUCCCUUAACGUCGAAUCUCAUCUGGGUCGCUUCUUCUGAUCGUGGGCAUUCGCUUCAACUCCUUUCUCGCUCUAAAUUCACCUGUGGAAGUGUUUUUCUCGGAAAAUGCGUUGAAAGACGAGGUGGGUUUCUUCCCAAUCCUCGAUUUCGAGUUUCUUGCCAAGCGCAGACUGAAGAAGUGCAGAUAAGGAGGUGUUCUCCAUUUCUAGAAAGUUCGUUGCUGUCGAGUAACGGCACAUUGGUGUAUGAUGAGUGGAAAGCAGUUCCGGACAUUUGGAGGACAGCAGCUGAGAAGUAUGGCAAAUAUGUAGCAGUUACCGAUCCAUAUCAUGACCACCCUUCAACUUUGACUUAUAAGCAGCUGGAACAGGAAAUUCUGGACUUUUCUGAAGGCCUAAGAGUGAUUGGUAUAAAACCAGAUGAAAAGGUUGCACUUUUUGCUGAUAAUUCUUGCCGAUGGCUUGUUGCAGAUCAGGGGAUAAUGGCUACCGGAGCAAUAAAUGUGGUAAGGGGUUCAAGGUCAUCGAUUGAGGAACUAUUACAUAUAUACAAUCACUCCGAAAGUGUUGGCCUCGCAGUCGACAAUCCCGAGUUGUUCAAUCGGAUUUCGGAAGCUUUCCAGUCCAAGGCUAACAUGCGAUUUGUCAUUCUUCUUUGGGGGGAUAAAUCUAGUUUGCCUAGUGGAGGGGUUAAAGGGAAACCUGUUUUUAAUUACAAGGAUAUCAUAAGCUUGGGACAAGAGAGUCGUAAUGCUAUCUCCAAUUCUAAUGAUGUUAGAAAAAACUAUGUUUAUGAAGCCAUAAACUCUGAAGAUGUUGCUACUCUUGUUUAUACUAGUGGAACAACUGGAAACCCAAAAGGCGUCAUGCUUACACAUCGCAAUCUGUUGCACCAGAUAAGAAACUUAUGGGAUAUAGUCCCUUGUGAAGCUGGCGAUAAAUUUCUCAGCAUGCUUCCACCUUGGCAUGCUUAUGAACGAGCUGCAGAGUAUUUCACUUUUACGUUUGGAGUUGAGCAGGUGUACACAACUGUGAGAAACUUGAAGGAAGAUUUGCGACAUUAUCAGCCAGAGUACAUUAUUUCAGUUCCUUUAGUAUAUGAGACACUGUACAGUGGGAUUGAAAAACAAAUUUCUACGAGCUCCGCAGCUCGUAAGCUUAUUGCACUUACAUUUCUACAGGCCAGUAUGACAUACAUGGAGUUCAAGAGGAUCUAUGAGGGAAUGUAUCUGACAAAGAACCAAAAGCAACCUUCGUAUAUCAUCUCAUUGUUGGACUGGUUAUGGGCAAGAAUAAUUGCUGGACUUUUAUGGCCGUUGCAUGCAUUAGCCAAAAACCUGGUCUACAGCAAAAUCCACUCUGCCCUCGGGAUAUCAAAGGCUGGCAUAAGUGGAGGCGGCAGUUUGCCUUCGCAUGUUGAUAAGUUUUUCGAGGCAAUUGAAGUGAAAGUGCAGAAUGGAUACGGAUUAACAGAGUCUUCCCCAGUUGUUUCUGCUCGACUACCAACUUGUAAUGUUCUUGGCUCAGUUGGUCACCCCAUCCGGCAUACUGAAUUCAAAGUUGUAGAUUCUGAAACUGGAGAAGUUCUACCACCUGGAGAAAAGGGAAUUGUAAAAGUAAGGGGGCCACAAGUGAUGAAGGGUUACUUUAAGAAUCCAGAAGCUACAAAGCAAGUAGUAGAUGAGGAUGGUUGGUUGGACACUGGUGAUAUAGGUUGGAUUGCUCCUCAACAUUCUAGAGGACGGAGUCGACGGUGUGGAGGAGUGAUUGUCCUCGAAGGACGUGCUAAGGAUACCAUAGUUCUUUCAACAGGUGAAAAUGUUGAACCCGUAGAGCUUGAAGAAGCUGCGUUGAGAAGUAGUGUAAUUCAACAGAUUGUUGUCAUUGGCCAGGAUCAGCGACGUCUUGGAGCUAUAAUUGUUCCUAACAAAGAGGAGGUUUUACCAUUAGCAAAAGAAUUUUCUAUUAUAGAUGGUAAUGCCACUGACCUAAGCAAGGAUAAGUUGACAACCCUGUUGUAUGAAGAACUACGGAAGUGGACUUCAGAGUGUUCAUUUCAAAUCGGGCCUAUCCUUGUUGUGGACGAACUCUUUACAAUUGACAGCGGUUUAAUGACUCCGACCAUGAAAAUUCGGAGGGACAAAGUCAUGGAUCUGUACAAGGAACAAAUAGACAAUCUCUACAAGUAAAACAAAUAAUACACAAAACUCUGCAAGAAAACAUCCCUGCCAUAAACUUUUUCAUGUAGUCUACUGCUUAUUGUGUGAAGCCGUUACACAAAUGCUUUCUUCAAGCCUAUCUGCUACGCGGGUUUCGUGUCUGCCUUGAGUUCUCGCCUGUAUUUUUCGGUCAUUCGAAUAAUGCUUGCUCAAGGCAAUUGUGCUUCUCACAAAUAAGGUUUGUUCAAGUAAUCGGCUGUAUUUGCUUCAUAUAAAUAAUGAAAAUACAAUGUUUAUCAUGCAAUAUUUAUGCGUACAUAGAUAUAUUGUUAUAAUAAAUAUAAACGAAAAACAAGUUUCAAUACUACUAGUACGAAAUAUUUGACCUGAUAAUCUAUGAUGACAGAAGCUUUCACUGCUGGUUUCAAGUAUUAUCCAUUUUUA